AUGGAGCGUCUCGUUGUCAGCUCAUGCGCGCUACCGUGCAGUGCAGCCUCUGCUGCUGCUUCGGCGCCUAUGCUCGCCGCGGCGCGGUUCAUCCCGUCGUCUCUACACUCCGGCUCCACCCGUCGCGUACACUGCAACGCGUCUGCUGGUAACGCGGACGGAACCGGGUCUAGCGACGACAAAGGGGAGGGGGAGGGGGGAGAAGAGACGGGAAAGGAAAGAGGACGCUUUGAAGAUGAUGAGAAUACAGAUAAGAGAUCGGAUGAUGCUGUAUCUGGUGAGCGCAAGGACAAAGUCGAAGAUAUUACUAGCGGGGACGUCUUUAGCGAGGAUGAAAGCGCGGACAUUGUGAGCAGCCUGGGGGAUUGGCGGGAGUUCCGCGCGCGUCUGAUCCGCGGGGAGGUUGGGGUGGCGGGGGAAGAGCCUGGCGCGUCUGGAGCAACGGACGGUGGAGAUGCGUUGACAGGGAGCACAUCGACGGCUGGAGAUUUGCCAAGCUUGGAAGAUGUAGCAGCAGGCUCAAAUGCCGCAGCAGCAGAAUCAGCAGCAGAAUCAGCAGCAGGAGCAGGAGCAGCAGGAGCAGCAGGAGCAGCAUCAGGAGGAGAAGCAGGAGGGGACGCGGAAGCAGAGGAGAGAAGAAGCAAUAUAACCUCCCCACUUCCUUCCUCCUCCUCUCCUUCCUCCACCUCUCCUUCCUCCUCUCCCUCCUCCCCCUCCUCUUCCUCGCCCAAGUCGUGGGCUCACCCCAUUGCAGUGCCUGAGACGGGGUGUGUGCUGCUGGCGCAUCCCCGGGCGUUCGGCGUGUCUCAGCAGUACUUUAACCGUGCUGUGAUCUUCCUUCUCAUGCACGGGCCACAAGGCACUGCCGGCGUGAUUCUGAACAGACCCUCGCAGUACACGCUCGGGCAGCUUGCAGGAUUCGAGGAGCUCCUGCCGGAAUUUUCAGCCUGCCCGUUGUAUCUGGGCGGCGAUGUCGGCUCUACGUCCACGCACUGCCUGCACGGGGUGGCGGAUUUGGUGGGGGGGGAGGGGGGCGCGCGGGAGGUGUGUCCAGGGGUGUAUGUGGGGGGGUACUCGCGGAUCAAGGAGCAUGUGGGGAGCGGGCAGAGCAAUAGCAUGGACUAUCGAUGGUUCGCCAGAUAUGCUGGCUGGGCGCCAGGGCAGUUGGAGCGUGAGGUGGCAGCAGGGGUGUGGUACUUGGGAGCAUGCUCGCCAGACCUCAUUCUCAGGCAUUCCCUGAGAGAAACUAUCACGGUAGAGAGUGCAGGCGACAGUGCCAGUAGCGAGAUUGACAGUAUCGAGGCGGCGGAGAGGGGUGGUCAGAGCAGUGAGACAGGUGGUGUGGUAGGGAGGAGAGAGGGAGUGGUGGGAGUGAGUGGGAACACAGGGCUGUGGAGGGAGGUGAUGGAGUUGAUGGGGGGAGAGUAUGCUCUCCUGUGUAAACAGGCUGAUGGGGAGCUGUAG